AUGGCGGAAUUCAUCGUUGGGAUUAAAUAUAAGUUGAAGCGCAAGAUUGGAAGCGGUUCAUUUGGAGAUAUCUAUCUUGGAAUUAAUAUCCAAAAUGGUGAAGAAGUGGCGGUCAAGCUGGAGUCCGUGAAGGUAUGAUUUGAUUAUUGUUUUAUGUUUAGGUACUACUUUACGUUUUUUGUCAAACCUUGUUUACAAAGCAAGGUUUUCGAUUGAAGAAGGUGGUAAUAAGUUCUUUGAAGUCUAUAAUUAGAUUUCAAACUUUUAAUAUACCUGUUUACGUUGUCAAUUUUAGGCCAGACACCCACAGCUGCUCUACGAAAGCAAGGUGUACAAGAUCCUUUCUGGUGGAGUUGGUGUACCUCACAUUAGAUUCUAUGGAGUGGAGCGAGACUACCAUUGUCUGGUCAUGGACUUGCUGGGCCCUUCUUUGGAAGACUUGUUCAACUUUUGUUCUCGUCGAUUCACCAUGAAGACCGUGUUGAUGUUGGCGGAUCAGAUGAUCGGAAGAAUCGAGUUCAUGCACGUCAAGAACUUCAUUCACCGUGACAUCAAGCCGGACAACUUCUUGAUGGGCAUCGGAAGACACUGCAACAAGCUCUUCAUCAUCGAUUUCGGUUUGGCUAAGAAGUACCGUGAUUCUCGUACUCGAUCACACAUUGCGUACAAGGACAACAAGAACUUGACUGGUACCGCUCGUUACGCGUCUGUCAAUGCUCAUAUGGGUAAGUUUUUGCCUUGUGUUAAUCUUUUUUGUUUUCACACAUUAACUAUGUUUAAGCAAUCUUAUUAUUAAAUGAUUAUCUUGUUUUUUGAUUUUAAAUGUAAGAUUUUAGGUAUUGAACAAAGUCGCAGAGAUGACAUGGAAUCUCUCGGUUAUGUGUUGAUGUACUUUAACAGAGGCAAUCUGCCAUGGCAAGGACUUAAGGCGGCUAACAAAAAGCAAAAGUACGAGAAGAUCAGUGAGAAGGUAGGUUAUGUUCACAUAUUGUCUUCCUAACGGUUUUUAUUUGAAAAAAAGUAAUUUUUUUUUGAUUUUUAGGUAAUAAUUUUUGACAUUUUAGAAAAUGACGACCCCGGUGGAAGUAUUAUGCAAAGGUUUCCCAUCUGAGUUCUCUAUGUAUUUGAACUACUGCAGAGGGCUUCGUUUCGAUGAGGCACCUGACUACAUGUACUUGCGACAACUCUUCAGAAUCUUAUUCCGCACGUUAAAUCAUCAGGUAUGUUAAUAUUUGUAAUCUAAUAACAUAACUAUUGUAGUUGUGGCUUUGUACUUACUUUUUUAUUUGUUUGAAAGUUUUUUAGUAUGUUUAAAAUUUGUCGUUUAACUUCAAUUUUAUCUGAAUUUUUUUAAUUUCUCAUUUAAUUUUGACAAUGACUGUAACAAUUUAUGAAAUUUAACCUAUAUAUUGUUCAAUAAAUAAUUGUUGUUUCAGUAUGACUACACAUUCGACUGGACCAUGUUGAAACAGAAAGCUUCGUUAAACCAGGUGUCGAACCAGCCUGCUGGCACUAACCCAAACACAUCAGCCAACGCGGACGUAGCUCCUCAGACAUCAAACUUCCAGCAAGCUAUCUAA